GGCGUUUAUUUCGCGAGAUUUAGCUUGGCGCCGUGACCCCCUUGUGAGAGCAGUUCCUAGCAAUAAACACACUCCCCUGCAGAUCAGAACUGCCAUGGAGCUGUAAUCUUUUUCGUAUUAUUUCAUUUUUUCACACCCUCUAAUUUUUUUGCAAAUUGGUUUCAGCGACAUUGUUAGCAGUUGCAUAGUAGUGGAAAACAUGUGGAUCCAGGUUCGGACCAUAGACGGUAAAGAGACCCGAACCAUAGACGAUCUAUCUAGAUUAACGAAAAUUGAAUGUUUAAGAUUGAAAAUCCACGAGAGCUUCAACGUGAGCCCUGACCAACAGAGAUUGUUUUACAGGGGGAAACAGAUGGAAGAUGGGCAGACUCUGUUUGACUACAAUGUGGGACUCAACGACAUUGUGCAGCUUCUGAUCCGCUCGCAGGCAGACGCUCCCGACUCUAAAGGCAAGAAGAAAGACGAAGACAGCGUCGGCGGCUCCAGCUCCGGCAACAAUGGCAAGAAAUCCUUGAAUCCGCUCUCAGACAAUCAGCCCUCCACGUCCACUCGCACGUUCCUCAUCGACCCCGGCAUCGGCAUGUACAAGAUAAACGAGCUGGUGGACUGUCGGGAUGUGAGCAUUGGGGCCUGGUUUGAAGCCAGCAUAGAAAACGUGACUAGAGCCACAAAGGGACAUAAUGGCAAGGCUUCGGCUAAAAGUUCAAAAAUGAGCAAAAGGACUAACGGAAAGUUGGAAAUAGACCAAAACCAUUCAUCCCAGGACAGUAAUGGGAAUUCCUCAUUUAACUUGGACAGUGCACCUUCCACCUCUUACACAGACUGCUCGGACAAUGAGGAGGAUGUUAUUUAUCAUAUCAAAUAUGACGACUAUCCUGAAAAUGGUGUUGUUGAAAUGUGUGCUGAUGACGUUCGGGCCCGUGCGCGGACCGUGUUCAAAUGGGAUCACCUUCGGGUUGGCCAGAUGGUAAUGGUGAACUACAACAUUGAGGUUCCAGAAGAGCGAGGCUUCUGGUUUGAUGCAGAAAUCACCUCUUUGAAAGAGAUCUCAAGAACAAAUAAGGAAGUCAGAGUGAAAAUCCUUUUAGGGGGCCCAGAGGACGUGAUUAAUGACUGCAAACUCAUCUUUUUGGAGGAGAUCUACAAGAUAGAGAAACCAGGGGCACCUCCACUGACUUCUGCAGACGGGCAGUUUAAACGGAAAAGCGGGCCGGAGUGCAAGCACUGUAAGGCAGACCCUGACUCAGAGUGCCGGUUCUGCUCGUGCUGUGUGUGCGGCGGGAAGCAGGACGCCCACAUGCAGCUGCUGUGUGACGAGUGCAACAUGGCUUUUCACAUCUACUGUCUCAACCCACCGCUCAGCAGGAUCCCUGAGGAUGAGGACUGGUACUGCCCCACUUGCAAAAAUGAUACCAGUGAGGUUGUGAAAGCAGGAGAGAAAUUAAAGCAGAGUAAAAAGAAGGCCAAGAUGCCGUCUGCACACACUGAAAGCCAGCGAGACUGGGGCAAGGGAAUGGCCUGUGUGGGUCGUACGAAGGAAUGUACAAUCGUACCUUCUAACCACUAUGGACCUAUCCCUGGCAUCCCAGUCGGAACAACAUGGAAGUUCAGAGUACAGGUGAGUGAAGUGGGAGUCCACAGACCACAUGUGGGAGGAAUCCAUGGUCGCAGUAAUGACGGAUCCUAUUCACUGGUGUUGGCUGGAGGGUUUGAAGAUGAAGUGGACAGGGGAGAUGAGUUUACCUACACUGGGAGUGGAGGUCGAGAUCUCUCUGGUAACAAACGCAUUGGGGAGCAUUCCUUUGACCAAACACUGACCCACAUGAACAGGGCGCUGGCACUCAAUUGUGACGCACCUCUGAAUGACAAGGACGGAGCGGAGUCCAAGAACUGGCGGGCUGGGAAGCCUGUCCGCGUGAUCAGGAGCUCCAAGGGGCGCCGCAUCAGCAAGUAUGCUCCCGAAGAGGGCAAUCGAUACGAUGGGAUUUACAAGGUGGUGAAAUACUGGCCAGAAAUUGGGAAGUGUGGUUUCUUGGUUUGGCGUUACUUGCUGAGACGUGAUGAUUUGGAGCCGGCACCUUGGACGCCAGAAGGGCUGGAGAGGACAAAUAAACUUGGCCUGUCAGUGCAGUAUCCAGAGGGAUAUCUGGAAGCAAUGGCUAAUAAGGUGAAAAAAGACAGGACCAAGAGGAAUUCUGGGAAACAAGAGAAGAAGGAGAAAGGAGAGAAACAAGUGGAGGAGAAGAUGAAAAAGAAGGAAGAGGAGGAGGAGAAGGAGAAGGAGGAGGAGGAGAUGGAGAAGGAGGAGGAUGACGAAGAGGAGGAGGAGGAAGAGGAGGAAGUAGUGAAACCAGAACCUGAGGCCCAGAGCAACGGCAGCCGGAAGAGACCACAGGAAAAAGUUAUACAGGAAGAUGAAAUCCCAGCUAAGACCACAAAGCUGGCAGACAAGGGAGAAGCCUUCCAGCUGUCUCCACAGCAGCAGUGGCUCAUCAAAGAGGACUGUCUCAACAAGAAGCUGUGGGACGAGGCACUCAGUUGUCUCAUUGAGGGACCGAGCUUCCUGAGGAAGGUGGAAGAGAUCUUCAUGUGCGUGUGUUGCCAGGAGUUGGUUUUCCAGCCUGUCACAACAGAGUGUCUUCACAAUGUUUGCAAGACUUGCUUGCAGAGGUCUUUUCGUGCAGAGGUGUACACCUGCCCAGCCUGCCGCCAUGACCUGGGCAAGGAUUACAUCAUGGUCCUCAACAAGAUCCUCCAGUCCCUGCUGGACCAGUUCUUCCCUGGCUACAGCAAAGGGCGAUGAGACAAACAAUCACAAGAGACCACCGUGCUCAACCAGAACCUUGUAGAAGCUGCCAGUUUUCCUCUGCCACCUCCUAACCAGGCAGAUUCGUCAGCAGCCUGGCAGGACAUUCGCACACCUGUAUCUUCUACACCCAAGAGGAAACUGGAUUCCCAUACCUAGCAAAUCCAUCAUCUUUAUCUCUCUCUGUCUUUGACCUGUAUCCAAGGUAGUUGCUGCCAAUUGAACUGUAUAGUCUAGGAGCCAGUUUCAAAAAGAGCCUUGUUUGAGUUGGUUGUACCCCAGUUACAGAAAAGGUUUGUCAAUUGUAUCUGAACCUAUGAUGGGUGAUGAUCAUUUUUAGCUUGGGUGUCAUUCUGUAUUCAGUCGCCAAAUGUUAUUUUUUAGCUGGGGAACUUGUAUAUUUUUAUAAAUGAGCUGCUGCGGCCGUUUCUUCAAUAGCUCACAAAAUAUAACCAAUUUGUGAUGCUAUCUUUGUAUUUUUUUCUGUUUAUGGUACUCACCUUUCACUUUGACCUGUGACCUAAUAUGGCUUCCAUAUUGGGGCCAUGAGAUUCCUUUGUUUCCAGAUAAUAUGACCAAAUUCUUUGAGAUAUUGGCUUCAUAUUUGGUACAUAUCUUUAUUCCAAGCUCAGUCGUUGGUGUCACUUUGUAAAACAGCAAGCGAGAAAGACAGUCAGGUGGACUUCUGUUUGUUUGGCCCACUUCAAUUAGCUAUGAGCUGGAAAAAGUAUUUUUUUAAAUAUAUAAAUUCAUGCAGUUGAUGGUGCUAAUGUGCAGAUGUUGAUUUGUUGUGGUUUCUGAAUCCAUGACUGCUAAAAAGAUCUUAAGGCAUGUCUGGUCCUUUCUGUUUUCAGUUGUAGAGUACACUAUAUAUUUAACUGUUGUUUUCAAACGCACAAUAUUCCGUAAAGCCAGGAGUGUUCACAGGAAUUUUGUACAUUUUGUGGGAGCAAAAUCCAAGCUUUAAAAACAAAUCAAACAAGAAAUGGAUGCAUAUGCCCUAAUUUUUAUUGUGUGAAUUUUAGUAGAGCCUUCUUAAUAUCAGUUUGUGUCCUGUAGGACAAAUAUCCAAACAAUUUUUAUGUAUUUGAAGGCAAAAAACAAAUGUCGGUUUCUAAAUUAGCAAUAGAAAAAAUAGCUCUCUGGGAUUGAUAUAUAUAUAUACACACACACACACACAGAAGAUGAACACAGCCACUCUUGGUCCCCCAAUUACUUCUGGCUGUCAAAAAACGUUGGCAUUUUAAAAGCGAGUCCAGAUUAGGCUUCACACGCAACACUAGCUGCCAAAGAGUGAUCUCUACAUACAUGUGACGUUGCCAGUGCUGCUUCAGAUUUGGGAAGUGAGUCAGUCAGGGUUCGUUUUUCUCGCAAAAUGAUACAGGUCACUCCAACGUGCAACAGAAAUGACUCGUAUAGUGACCAACGCUUUAUUUUUCUUUCAUAAUGCAAUCCCAGUUUUUGUUAUGUGGAAUGAAAUAAGAGAAAUAAAAUGUUGAGUUUUUUUUUUUUUUUUCAUUGUAUAACACCCCCUUUUCCACAUUUAUUUUAUUUUGAAGUGUUCACUCAAGUUAUUACUUUAAGAAAAUGUGUCUAUGGCCACUUUGUUUGUUUUUACCUGUAUGGCAUCCAUUGUUUUGAAGUUAAUUCACAAGGGUAAAGUAAGGCCUUUGAUAUUUUUCAACUUGAAUACAGUGUUGCAUAUAAUGGCUUUGAUGAUGUUUUGCAAAUGAAUGAAUAUUCGCAUACUUAUCUGACUAUGAAUGGAUAUUUAAAAAUUUAAUAGCAUGUUCGUCCCAGUGUUAGUGCUGUCUUAUCCAUAAUCACACCAAAUGCAUGACAUAAAGAGGCCAGCUUCUUUGUUAUGAACACAUUUCAGUUCUUAGUCCUCCAUGAAGUGAACUACAGUGUUGCAACCCAGUUGGGCAUAAUGUAUAUUCCACAAAUAUCUGGUUAAAAUCAUUGUGCUGUGCAGGGCGCAGAUGUGUCACAUGUAAUGUACCAGCUCAUCCCACUGAUCUGGGGUCUGUGUGGGCUGUGACAGGCAUUGUCAUCUUGAAACACACCUUCGCAAUCGAUAGAAGUAUUGCAGGGAUAUUCUUAUAAUAGAUUCAUAUAACAUUGAAUCUACACUCCAAAUUAAUAUCUGAUCGUGCCAGUAAAAGCAUACCCAAAUAAUUACAGAAGGAUGGGCUUCUUCUGGUGGCCACAAUACUCCUAUCCAAAGUCCAAUGAUGACAUUCACAUGAAAGUGAACUUCUAUGCACUUUGAAUCUGUGAAGAGAUUUCCCAUGACAGCUCAGCUCGAGGUUUUAAUUGGCCUUUAUUGAACUCUGAUUUUAAUAAGUUGUUGUCCCUAGCUUUACUUGAUCUAAAUGCUGCAUUGAUACUAUUGACACUAAUGUUGUUUUGUUUGUGAUUUUAAAUGUGGGGUUUAGCCUUGGUCCAAUUUUAUUGAGCAUUUAUAUACUAACUUUGGGUGAUGUGCAUCUUUUCCCAUUACAUGACUACAAGUAGUAAUACUUGGACUAGCCUGCAACUCAGUUUUGCACUACAUCCUAUGCCCACAGUUGAUCACAUUUGUGUUUCUUGAUUCUGGCUUUCGUUAUGUCAAAUAAAACAAAAGCAGCUUUAUUAUUUACAUAACAUAGCUAGACUUCAAAGCUAUUCUAGUUUUUCUAAUAUUAAAACACUGAUUUUGGCACUUAUAUACUAUAGGAUAAUAAUUGCACAAUUGUCUUUUAUUCUAGUCUUCCAAAUAAGUCCUUUGCCAAAUUUCAGCAUUUACAAAAUGUUGCAGCAAGACCCGUCUUGCAUUCUCUAAAUUGGCUCCACAUAACAUUUUAUAUAGAUUUUUAAAUCCUUAUUUAGCCUUCAGAAACUUGGCGUCACCCCCUCGUACACUGUAUCUCUAAUCUUCUGGUACCUUAUGAACCCACCCGCGCUCUUUGGUCCUCCAGCUAAAGCUUACUAUUUGUUCUCUUCAUGGUUGAUGUCGCAGGUUUUCAGACAUUAUACGCCCAAUGGAAUGCGCUUUCAGGGUAUCAGAGACAUGUCAAAAUGUCAAAUUGUUUGCAUGCAAAUGGUGAUUUACUUUUUUUUUUUUAAAGGUUGUUUUUUAGCUUUUUAAAAACCAUUUCUACGAGACAUUUUUUAAAAACAUUUCCACGAGACAACCCGAAGUGUCGGUUAAACACUUCGGGAUGUCUCGACAAAUGAAAUGAUGUUGAUGAGGGUGAUAUAUAGCUAUGACUCUUUAGUCUAUUCUCGGUGCACCAUUCUGCUGGAUAUGGAGUUGCUCAUUCCUUUCCUGUAAUUCAUGGAAUGUGUGAUGCCUAUCACACCUUACCAUUUGCUUUAGUUUUCCCCUGGUGGUCUAUAGCUGCUUCUGACUGCAUAGCAGUUGUAUUUUAGGUGGUGUGCCAGAAAGGAUAUAGUAAUCCCAAUUGCAGUCAGACACCAGGGCACACAGUACUAGCAUGCCCAUUACAAGCACACAAGUAUUUAAUUCUGCAAACAAUUAAAUAAUCACUCAGGGUCUUGUAUAUGCCACCUGGCCUAUUAAGAGAUGAAGCAACUUGGGAUUCUUUCCAAAUAGACAAUUUGGGAUGUCUUCCUAAGACCUGUAGGUGAAAGGCUGUAUCAUCACCUAAUGGUGAUAUCAGAAAAGUUGACACCUAUGCUAAACUUCAUCUUUAUGGUAUACCAAUUAUAAAAAAAAUAGGUCUUUUCUGUAGAGGGGGUGCAAUGGAAACUCUAAUUUCACCUCUGGGCUCCUAGAUGAGUAGAUGAAACCCAAUAAAAAAGAGAAGGUAGCUCAGCACAAAUACAUUGAAAUUUGGCAGGUGCUUGAAUUAAGUGCAUAAUUACCUCAGGAAACCGGAGAAGGUAUUGGUGAGGGAUUUCUUUGUUAAUUGUUCCCCCUGUUUUUGGUCUAUUUGAAAUCCAGUUUCACACAGGCUUGUUUGUGCCUGGUCCAUCAAAGCUUGUUUUUGCAAUAGGUAACACUGAAAGAAAAAAAAAAAAAAAAAAAAAAAAGUGUGCAGAAAUGUCUCUUAUUUCAUAACCUAUAGUCAUUUUCCAAGAAGAAUGGCAAGCUGAUAGUCAACCUUUUGUGUGCUUCACUGUGCUUUUUCCUUUCCUGUGCUCGACAUUUGAAAACUAUUUUAGAGGACAUGUGGAAGCUUUGCUCUUGCAUUAGUGUUGUGUUUUUGUUGCACUUGUUGGGGAAAAAAAAUCAUUUUACUAAAUAUGCCACUUAUGUUUUAGUUGCAUAUUAUAUUUUAAUCAUUAGUUCCUUUGUAUGUGGCAAUCUUAAUUGCACAUUGUUUAAGCAGAUGGCAGUGUUAGCUUCGAAAGGGUUACAUUGCUUCAUACUGUGAUCUGAAAUUUUAUACAUGGUAUAUUACUUGAUCUGUACCUAUUAAAUAUUCUGAUUUCAAAAAGAAA